UCUGCAGAGAACAGCUAUACUUCUUUCAAGACAAUGUUAUUAACAGAUAACACAAAUUAUUUCUUCCAUCUCCCAGUUACCCUUUACAGAUUUUCUUUGAGCACAAAAGGAUAGAAACAUGAUCUUUGAUCACAGUUCAGAUUUCACUUUGUGAACGUACUCGACUCCUAAUGAGAAACGUAUAUUGAGUGUGACUGUAUGUGCGCUGCUCUCUAAAUCAUGUUUCUUUACGGAAGAAGACACAUCAGCUCUGUUUCAGCAUGCUGCUAAUAAGAUAAAUGGAGAGAAAAGAUGCUAAGAAACCAAAGAGCUUGAGAAGUACAGUAUAAACAAAGAAACAUCACCACAGGUCAUAUAUACUAUGGAGGAAGAACUUCUGAUGACUGAAUAUCUGUGUGACUCAUGAGCUAAACAACUGACCAAACAUAUGUCUGAAAUGGUCUUCAGAAUUUCCACUGGCAUGGCUAUCACAAAAUGACGGUAGGCAAUGCAGUUCCUGACAUGAAGAGCACGUGUUCACAUCUGUACAAUAAACUGGUGCCCUUCUGAAGUCUGAAGCAUUGAAAAUUAAAGAUAGAGCUCUGGCAGAAUGAAAACAGUCAGAUUUGCCGAUCCAAUAAGUGUUAUAAGUACAGAGAUUCAAAGGAAACAAGCAAUUAAUGUACGAAAGAGAAGUACAAGCAGGAGUAUGGUGAACGCAGGACCUCACUUGUCAAAGAGAAGUACAAGAGGGAGCAAUGUAAAGCCAGGGCCUCAUCUGUUGUAUCCACUGGAUCUUCUGCAAAAUAAAGCCUUCUUUAGUGCCUUUAGCAGAAUGUUAGAAGAAAUUGGAGGCCUACACCUACAGAAAAAAGUCCAGCAUCUUCAAAAUGUAUGUACAUAUCAUGCAACACAAACAAAAAUUCAAAGGAGUUUGGGGAGUAUUCUAAAUAACGAAACAAAAGAAAAGCAAAGUAUAUUAACGAAGGAGUUAGUAAACAGACUGUAUAAGGAGAUAACUAAAAAGGCCAUGACUUGCUCACCCCUUGAAGACAACAGAACCUCCAUCAGCUUGUCACUGGUUCAUCUGGUUAAGAUGUUCUGGGCUGGUAUUCUUGAGAUAUUGAGAGAAAAUGGAAUGGAGAAUAUUCAGCUAGAAGCCAAUAGCCAGACAAUGUUGGAGUCAGUCAUGCACAUCGCAGUUACCAAGAUGAUUGCAAGAUACCUGAAGAUGAAACCAUAUUCAUUGCCAUUAGAUGUCAAAGCUGAGCCCACAGAUGAAGACAGGGCCUCCUUCCAAAACUCCCUUCAUGCAGCAUCUGAAGGAUGGCCAACUUCACAGAUGCUUCACUUCUGUAAAUAUCUACAGCUGUGUGAGUCUCAAGAAGGAUGGCCCUCAUUAGAAAAUGACCUUUUGUUCUGCCUAGAGGUACAGAAGUUCAAGAAUGCGCACCAUGACAACUGUGAUAGUGGCCUACUGAAGAAGAAAGUGCAGAGCCUCCUGGACUGUUUCUUCAUUUCCUUAAUUGAGCCUCCUCUACAGAUCGAUGUUGAUAAUGACAUAUGGGAGAAAGUCGUAAAAUCUGCAGAAUGCUACCUUAAUGGGGAACAGCAAUCUCCAACUAUGUUUGAUGAGGCCCAAGAAUGUACCUUCACUGAGCUGCUACCCUACUGGACUGGUUUUAGAAGAGCAAAAAUAAAACAAUCUGCUGACUCUUUCCAGAAACUACAAGGGUUAUGGAUUCACUCACUGCUGAAGAAGCAGCCAUCUGCAUUUGAACUUGCUGAGAAACCACAGGAAGUGUUCUACCUGCCUCCAAUCCAAAGAUCUGAAAAAGAAUCCGGACAUCAGACUCAGCAGCAUUGCUACACAUACUCCUUCUCCAUCAGCAGGGGGAUAAUUGUCAAGCAAAAGAGAACAGGAGCAAACAGUGGGAGAAGUAGCAGCAGCAGUGGAAGCUGUAACAGUACACUUGAACACAGACGAACGCCAUCUGGGUCACUGCCUUCAUCUGGUAAUAACAGCAGAUCUGAGAACAGAAACAACUUACAUGGAUCACUGCCAGCAGAAUCUGGUAUCAAAAACAAAACACCUGUGAGCUCAGGGAAAAUGACCUGCUCAUUACCAGCAAUUAAUAGCAGUGGUAUCAGACAUGAGACAAAGGCAUUGUCUAGAUCCCUGUCAACAAUUAGAAGUAGCAAGCAAGAAACUGAUCUAACACCAUAUGGGUCUUUACCAGCAAUCAGUAACAGAAGUCGGCCAGGGAGAAAAAUGAAUAUGUCUGAAUCUCUUCUGCUCCGCCGUUGUGCUGGACUAGAAAACUGAUAAAAUUAUGUAAGGGAUUCAUGGCAACUGCCAAAAAGCUGCAGUACUGGAAGUCUCAAAUACAUUGUCUAAGUGCAAACUGGCAGCCUAGACAUGAUGAUAUAAACAACUCAUGAGUGAAGAAUCAGAUGCUAUAGAACAGUUUUAUUAGUAUCUAGUAAAUGCUGUAGUCCAAAUAUUUGAUAUUUAUACUGACAGAUUUCUGAAAGUCAGCCUAUACUGCUAGCUGUUAAAACUUUUAUAUGAACUUUAUAACCCAUUUCAUUCCUUUCUUAAAUCCACUCUUGCUAUAUUCCUUUACUGCCAAAGCUGAUUUUGCUGAGUAUCCCUGCCAUGCAAUAUCAGAGAAUAACUUACCCUCUCAAAGUGUUUAAUAACCCUAAGGCAAGACCUUACUUCUCAGGCACAGUGCUACUGCUUAAGUGACGAGCAACUUCCUACUGUCUGUAGGAAAAUACAUAGUACGAUCACUACAGGUUCACAGACAGUUUGAGAGUGAAUCGUUGAGUACUGUUUUGAAUGAACAUUUCAUGUUUUAAGUGUUGGUAUUUUUGUUUUUUUUGACUGUUUGAUUGCAAUAAGUAGCCUACAUGUUUUUAGGGCUGUUUGAUUCAUAACAAGUAGCCUGUAUGUGCUUUCCUCUAGACAUUGCUAUAGCUACAUAAUAUUAAUAGUCCAGUAAUUCUUGUUAAGUGCAGGUAUUCUUUGUGAUGGCUUUCUUUCUUUGCAUUUAUACUCAUGUUGAUACUGUUUUCUGCACUAAUUUAGCUGUGUAUUUUUUAGGUUCCACUGGUAUACAAUUAUUGUUUGCUCUAUAUAGCUUUAUUGUGGUUGAAAAAGAGGCUAUAUGUUGUCCAAUCUACCUAGCUGCUCAAAAUUAAAUCCAUAUCUCACUACACAGCUUCUGCACACACCCAGAAAAAUAAAUACACCAUGCAUAAGUAGUAGCUAAUUAUGCCCUGCCCUUGCACAUAGGUAUACCAAAUAUGCCAAGUAGAAUUCUCUUUUUGUUUUCUUAAGAAAUUUGUCUUGCCUCCUCUGAUUGUAUUUUCUAUCUUUACAACAGCUGUGAACAUCUUCUGCCUUACAGCUUUGUUUUCACAUG